GCAGUGCGCACUCAUCAACCGUCAUGGCGCUGGUCAAGUCCGUCUACAACCUCCUCUUCAGGAGAACGUCCACUUUCGCUGUAUCCAUCAUCGUUGGAGCGGUUUUCUUCGAACGAUUAUUUGACCAAGGCGGCGACGCGAUAUUUGAGCAGAUGAAUCGCGGGAAACUAUGGAAACACAUCAAACACAAUUACGAGGGCAAAGACGAGGAAUAGGACGCGGCCCCGGGGUCAUGCCGAGUCCGAAGUGCAUCUGUUGUCACACUCUCCAUCAUCCAUCCUGGACUCCUCGCCCGCAUCAGGAAGCAGUCAACACGGACACUGUGCUCGAAGUCAUGCCCAGGCUGGCAGCGGCUUCCAGGGGAGCUGUGGGAGCUGACUGACGGUCCAGACCAACAUGAAGAUGGAACAAGGUCCCCCACCCCGCCGCCUCCAUCACCCCCUUGCUUGUUAUGUCUCUUCUCUUCCCGGAUUAUAAAUGGUUAAAUUAAACAUGUAUUACAGUCGAA